AUGCUGAGGGCUUGCAGCCAGGGUGGGCGUGUGCCGGAGACCGAGGCGACGACGACACGCAAGGGCAAGGCGCGGUACACACGGCAGUACUUUUAUGAGAUCGACUCAUCGGGGAGAGUCUUCCUCGCCGAUGCCAAGCACAAGAACUAUGCCACAGCAUACAGGGAUGUCACCUUUCUCAAUGAUCUCUUCACAAGACUCAAGGCCAACAAGACUGGCUUGUAUGUCGAUGAUGGCUACGACUAUGUCUCGCCCUGUGGACGGGAGCUCAACUUUGUGACCACAGAAGACAUCACGCCGUAUGUCUUCCAUACUCUCCAUCGCUUGCCGGGAGACAGUGCUGCUGCGCCUGGGGCUUGCGCUGCUGCGGCGGUCGAACCAGCGCAUGGCACCGAUGCUGAUGGUGCCUGCGCAGCUGGUCGAGACGCUGCUCCUUUGGAAGCCGCCGAUUGUGACGACGAUGGCGUGGACGUGCUGGUGUACGGCGCGGCCAUGUACGUUCCGUUCCAGCCGGAUGCGCUGUGGAUCUCGGAAGCCGGUCGCAUGUACCAUCCCUCGCCAAUGGAUGGCGUGCCCGGGCUCGUCGGCGACAAGCUCACCAUGGAUCUCAACUGCGAAGUCAUUGACGAUCCCGCCGACGCCGUGGCGUUUAUGUGGCGCGGCGAGCGCCACGUCGUUGCCCCUCACUGCCCCGACUCGCCCGUCUCGACGUAA